AUGCAGAAAGUCGGGGCCCCCGGGGGCCAGGGCCAGGCCCGCAGCAGGAGGGGCGCCCUGGGCCGCUCGGGGGUCGUGCUGCUCACGUACGUGCUGGCAGCCCUGGAGCUCACCUGCCUCUUCUUGCAAUUCUCUAGUAUGCCCUACCUGUCCCGGAGGCUGGGCCUGGACUCCGUGGCCUUUGGCUACCAGCAGACUAUGUUUGGCGUGCUGCAGCUGCUGGGCGGGCCUGUGUUCGGCAGGUUCGCCGACCAGCAUGGGGCGCGCGCAGCCUUCACGCUGUCCUUCCUGGCCUCGUCCACCCUCUACCUGCUCCUCGCGGCCGCCUGCAUCCCGGCCCUGCCGGGCGUGGCCCUGCUCUUCGCCUCGCGCCUGCCGGGUGCGCUCAUGCACACGCUGCCAGCUGCCCAGAUGGUCAUCGCGGACCUGUCCACACCUGAGGAGCGGCCCGCGGCGCUGGGCCGGCUGGGCCUGUGCUUCGGUGUCGGUCUCAUCUUUGGCCCCCUGCUCAGUGGAACCCUGAGCAGCUCAUGCGGGAUUCAAUGUCCGCUCAUUGUGGCCCUCGUGGUCACACUCCUGGGAGCCCUCCUCAGCGUCACCUGCAUCCCAGCCAGCACCAAGGAGGCCGGCGCCCACGCCGAGACCACCCCGCCAGGGAAACCCAAGGCCAGCGUGUUUGAUCUGAAGGCCAUCACCCGCCUUCUGCUGCAGCCGGGCGUCCUGCCGAUGUUUCUGGUCAAGGUCAUCUGCGGCUUCCCCAUAGGGCUCUUCAUGGUCAUGUUCUCCAUCAUCUCCAUGGACUUCUUCCAGCUGGAGGCCGCCCAGGCCGGCUACCUCAUGUCCUUCUUCGGGAUCCUCCAGAUGGUCAUCCAGGGCCUGGUCAUCGGGCGGCUGAGCAGCCACUUCUCUGAGAGAGCCCUGCUCCGGGCGAGUGUGCUGGUCUUCAGCGUCGCGGGACUGGCCAUGGCGCUGAUGACCAACGUCUUCCACUUCUGCCUCCUGAUGCCCGGCCUGGUCUUCAGCCUGUGUGCUCUCAACGUGGUCACCGACAGCAUACUGACCAAGGCUGUCUCAGCCUCAGACACGGGAGCCAUGCUGGGCCUCUGCGCCUCUGUGCAGCCGCUGACCCGGACCCUGGGGCCCACCCUGGGCGGCCUCCUCUAUCGCAGCUUCGGGGUCCCCAUCUUCGGCCACGUGCAGUUCGCCGUCAACUUAGUCGUCCUCCUGGUCCUCUGGAGGCAGCCUGUGUCCCGGAAGAUGGACAAAGCCCAGUGA